AUGGUUACGCCAGCGAUCAGAUCGUUAUUGGACACGGAUCUGUAUAAGAUCACGAUGCACGCUGCCGUGCACAAGAACUUCCCUGACACUCAUGUGGUGUACAAGUUCACCAACAGAACCCCUGACAUGAAGCUGAACGAGGAGGCUGUGGAGUGGUUGAAGCUGCAAAUCCAUGCGCUUGAGGACUUGAGAUUCACGGAGGAUGAAAUCCAGUUCUUGGAGAGCGAGGUUCCUUAUUUGCCAAAGGCUUAUCUGGAGCAUCUCAAGGGUUUCCAGCUGAAGCCGGAUUCGCAGGUGGUGCUCAAGGUUUCCGAGGACUUUGCCAUUGACCUGACCACCCAUGGCUUGUGGGUAGACACCAUUGCGUACGAAAUCCCACUGCUGGCACUUGUAUCUGAGGCUUACUUCAGAUUCGUCGACACUGAUUGGAACUUGGAUGGCCAGUACGAAAAGGUUCAGCACAAGACCAAGGAGCUGUUGGAGGCCGGCGUGGCAUUUUCAGAGUUUGGUACCAGAAGAAGAAGAUCAUUUGAAGUGCAGGAGCUAAUCAUGAAGGGGAUCCUUGAGACAGACUGCGAGAACAAGAAGUUGUUCUUGGGUACCUCAAAUGUCUACUUUGCGAAGGAAUUCGGAGUCAAGGCCAUUGGUACAAUUGCACACGAGUGGUUUAUGGGAAUUGCUGCUAUAACACAGGACUACACCCAUGCCAACCAUAAGGCGUUGGACUACUGGAUCAACACCUUUGGUCCAGAGCACGCAGGACUAGCAUUGACUGAUACUUUCGGAACUGAUGAUUUCUUGAAAGUGUUUGUUAAACCAUACACCGAUUACUAUACCGGUGUAAGACAAGACUCUGGUGACCCAGAGCUCUAUGCUGAGAAGAUUGCCUCCCACUAUGCCAAACUGGGAUACCAGAAGUUCUCAAAAGUCAUCUGCUUUUCUGAUUCCUUGAACGUGGAGAAGUGUAUCAAGUAUAAACAUAAAGCUGAUGAACUUGGGUUGAAGGCAAUCUUUGGAAUUGGCACCAAUUUGACCAAUGACUUUGUCUCAACAAUUACUGGGAAGAAAUCCGAGCCUAUGAACAUCGUCAUCAAGCUUUCAGAGGCCAAUGGUAAGCCUGCUAUCAAGAUCAGUGACAACCUGGGCAAGAACACCGGUGAUAAAGAAACCGUUGCGAGUGUUAAACAAGAGCUGGGGUAUACUGAAAAGACCUGGAAAGGCGGAGACGAAGCACACAGAUGGGAUAAUUGA